AUGACCAUGGCCUCUAAUAGCGCGCUGUUCAUGUUUGCCUUCAGCUUCUGUUUGGCUGGAGCCGUAGCUGUGUUUGUGCUAGCAGUUUUCAUCCUUCUCCAUAGACUAGUGACCGACGACAAGUACGUGGCAUCAAAAGGUCGCGUAGUCGUCAUCAUCGUGUGCUAUGUUGUCUGCAUCUUGCUCUGUACACUUGCCGCAACUGUCAUCAUAAUCAGCUUGUUUGGAUUACGCCAAGGAAUCCAGUUGGUGUUGACGAAACAUACAGGUGACCAGACUUUACAAGGAUUUGACCACAGUAGAAAGCGAUUGUUCAAAAAGCUUAACUUGCCAAUUGGAACCAGUAAACAAGUACCUUGGCCAAGAACUCGAUAA